GCAAUUAGUAUUAAAGUGUCAAGGGCAAAAGAAAGAGAAGUUCACAGUGCAUCUUAAAAACCGGAAGCGGAUAUGAUACGGUCAGUGUAACCAUACACGAAACGUUCGCGAUUAUUCAUCAAUUUUCAUCGUUGGGAUGAGAAAAUCAUGAAAUGACGUUGGUAACACUGACAUCUGUUUGCGGAUGAUUGUCAAAACCUAUUUUCUUAGCGAAGUUCGCAGCUUUGCAUGCAAGUACGAAGGAAAACAUCAUGACUGCCUUUGAUUCGUAGAAAGGAAGAAGGCGCUAAGUGCAGCCAGAAAGAAGAUAGCGUGUUUGUUUUUAAGGAGUGAGUGAGUGUGUAGAGAAAGGUUUCUUGUUUCGUUUCGCUCGUUGCGUUUCACCCGUUCGACGAGUGACGUGCCUCGGGUCUUCCUCGGUGGGGAAGAAGAUUACUCCGAUUCCAACGCGAGGAUUGAAGGCGCGUGCUUUCGUCUUCGCGAAAAAAUCUAUUAUGCGUUUGUGUUUUUAACCUUUUCUCUUGUUGAAUGCGAUUAAAGUGGGCUGCUGUAGUGCCGUAGUGCGUGAUACCUCUGAUCCACGUCUGUCUUCAACUCACUUUCUCAGCGGUCGACCGAUACGCAUAGUACUUCUUCGAUGGAGUUUAUUCGCGCGUGACAGCAACUUUCGGGACACCAGGCUCGACUUUUGCCAGGUAGCCCCAAUUUCGAUCUACCACGUGUAUAAGCUUUUCUACCCGUAAAUUCUACCUACAUUUCUUCUUGACGCGACGCUUAUACGACAUAAAAGCACCAGAGAUUUUGGUAGCUGUCUACAUUCGCAUUCUUGUGACAGCUUUUAUUUUUUUAUAUUCGAUUAACAUGUUUAAUACAUGACAUGAAAACCUUAUUAAAUGACAAGCGUAUAAUAUCAUUGAUAUCUAUGGAAAUUACUUUUCCUCCAUAUUGUAUGAUAAAAAAAUAUGCAAAAUUUUGCUAAUACAUGCAAUAUCAAUUAAUCAGAUGUUUAAUAUAAUUUCUGACGCCAAGUUUAUGCAUUGAAAACAUAUUUAAACACGAUAUCAACGUUACAAUUGUCUAUGCAUUAGAGACGAUAGAAUUUACAAGAUAAAGGGCCAUAUAAAGAAAAUGAGUAACAGGCUUGAAGAAGAAGAAUCAAAAUGGACUUGUGAAUAUUGUACAUACGAAAAUUGGCCUUCAUCAUUGAAAUGCACGAUGUGCAGAGGUGCCAAACCUUUAUUAGGGGAAGAUAUUUUCCGUUUAAGAGAUCCAAGUCCGCAGAGGUCUGGAUCGAAUGUGGCGUCUGGUCCGGUAACUCAUUUAAGUCCAACAGAUUCUUAUAAUCUUGGUUCUCAGAACUAUAGUCAAAAUGUACCAUUGGGAAAGUGGUCUUGCGCGAUGUGUACCUAUCUCAACUAUCAAAAUGCCACACGUUGUGUUCAGUGUGGAAACAAAAAAUCUAGUGGUCUUAAUCAGUCGAUAAACUCUAUAGCCUCAAAUUUACACGAACAUCUAGCUCCCCUAAGGCUAGGGGAUCCGCCACCAAAUUCAGGAUCUAAUCCUACUCCGAUAAACUUACAUCCAGAAAGAUACUAUAAUCUACAAGCUAAUUUACAUCCUGAAAAGUGGUCCUGUCUUGUGUGUACUUAUGAAAAUUGGCCGAAAGCUACAAAGUGUGUGAUGUGCGGUAAUCCGAAGGAGAAAGAUAGGAGAGAUAAAAGUUCAAACAAUGUGGGUGUUAUUUUGCCAAGUCCAGAGAGAGAUCAUAGUCAACGCGCUUUACCUUCCCCGCCUCAUGCACCUUAUAUUCACCAGACUCAAAGAGACGAUAAUGUUGCCGUAGGACGAAGGAGUUCAAAUAGAUAUCCCGAUAGCAGAAAUGACAGUUUAUCAACUCCUCAAUCCCCAAAUAAUUGUGACUAUGAGCGUAGACUAAAACAGUUAAGGCGUCAUACUGAUUGGUGCUGGUUAAACGCGUGUCUUGGCAUUGUGGAAGGUGACAAUGCACCUGUCGAAGCUUAUUUGGCAAGUGGUGGUGAUCCUGCUCGUCAAUUGACACAUUCAGAAGUUCUGCUUCUAAAUAGAAGUAGCGCUUUUGAUGUUGGACAUACAUUAGUACAUUUAGCUAUUAGAUUUCAAAGGGAGGAUAUACUAGCAACAUUAUUAUCACAAAUCGAAGGCUCUGGUUCUGGAAUAAAAAGAGUACCGAGUUACGUUGCACCUGAUUUGGCUGCUCAGAUACGCAGACAUGUUACUAAUAGUAUCCGGUUGCGCAAGGGUUCUUUCCCAUGUUAUUUUGUCACUGAUGUAGCUACAUUUGCUUUGCCUGCUGAGGUUGAAGAUUUACCAAGCAUAGUACAAGAGCAAAUGUUGGAAGAAUUAUUAGAUAAAGAAGCUCAACAGCAGUUAGAAGGCGGUGGCGGAGAACCUCCAGCAUUAAAUUGGUCUUUAGAAAUUACUGAACGUUUAGGAAGUCGUUUACACGCACUUUGGAAUAGAUCUGCUGGAGACUGUUUAUUAGAUUCAGCAAUGCAAGCUACUUGGGGCGUUUUCGAUCGAGAUAAUGCUUUGAGAAGAGCUCUUGCUGACUCUUUGCAACAAGCUGGCCAAUUUUUUUAUUCUCGGUGGAGAGAAUACGAAGCAUCACAAGCAGCUAGAAUGUUAGAUUUUACAUUAGAAGAAACUCAAUGGCAAGAAGAUUGGGAGAGCUUAUUAGCAACGGCUGCUCAGCCAGGGAGCGCUUUGGAACAAUUACACGUAUUUGCUCUUGCCCACAUUUUAAGACGACCUAUUAUUGUUUAUGGGGUAAAAUAUGUUAAAAGUUUUCGUGGUGAAGAUAUAGGUUAUGCAAGAUUUGAAGGUGUUUAUCUUCCACUUUUAUGGGAACCUUCGUUUUGUAUUCGAUCGCCUAUUGCUUUAGGUUAUACUCGUGGCCACUUUACAGCUUUAGUUCCCAUCGAACCUUAUGCAUCGUCCAGAAUACCGCCUCUUUCAUCUCACGGCGGUGUAGGCAUAGGUGGUGGCAAUAGUCCACUUCAACAAUUACAAAUACAAAUGCAGACUACAUUUAUGCCGUUGAUGGACCGAGAACAUAAACUUUUGCCAAUACAUUUUUUGAGCCCGGAAGAAGUGGGCCGGGAAGAAUCUAUUUUAAAUGAAUGGCUUGACGUGUGUAGAACCGAAGGUGGCAUUCUUGUUGCGCAACAAAAAUUACAUAAAAGACCUUUAUUGGUAGCACAAAUGUUGGAAGAAUGGUUAAAUCAUUAUCGAAGACUCGCGUAAUCAAACCAACAAUGCACCUUUUUUGAGACCAGCUAUUUUACAAGAUUACAGUAGUGACGGUGAUACGGAAGACGAAUAACGAGGUGCAAUUGAUUAAGUUACUAAAUUCAGCCGAGAAGACUUUUCUCCAUAAUUUCCUUAAAACCAUUCGGAAUACAAGAUCUCGAAGAUCCACAAUUUUCUGAGAAUAACAGAAAAAAAGAGAAGUGUGCGGAUAUCAGGAUACAUACAUCUAUUGGCAAUGUAUUAUUUCUGCACGAUUUUUUGUAUAUUAAUAUUGAAACCACUGAACGUUUAAAAUCUCUUCUCGAUUCGUACUAUUAAUUAUAUCGAAUGUUUAUUAAUUUUUAUAAAUAUUUUCUAUGUUCAUUUAUUAUCGUUUAUUGGGUAUAAUCAUGGGGCUAUGAAAUCAGCAAUAUUAACGAAUAGAAUUUCGUUACGGCAAACAAGAGCGCUCUUUUAAAUCGUUUGCUCUGUAAAAAAUUGUAUUAUAUCACAAGAGAAUAUGUAAUUAAUUUUUUAAUUUGUUUAUAAUGAGAAAGUUAUUAAACAUUGUUGAAAAUAUGGUAUGAAUCAUUGUCACUGGGGGAUUUCAAAUCCUCAACGAUGUACAGAGAUAGUGACAAAGAAAGAUGAAAUUCGAUGAAACAAAUUCUGUGUAAGAAAAAAACAUUGGCAAUCGAAUUUGUUUCUUCAAAACGCUACACGAAGAUUUAUGUAAUAUACUGUGUUAUAUUAUAGAAGAAAUUAAGGACAAAAGGAUUCUCGUUUGUUAAAUGUGAGAAAAUUUAUUUGCUCGAUAAAAGUAUAAAUUCUAAGAAGAUUAAUAGGAGCGUCAGUGGUACUUUUUGUCUGAUACAGAUCAUGUGAUUCUUAUAAAGAUAAGUAAUUAAGGGUCAAGAAGGAUUCUAUAAUCGUUUUUUUUUUUUUUUUUUUCAAAUACUUGUUAAGCUGCUAUUAAUUAGCGUUAAAAAUGAGACCCAGACAAAGCUGAAUUACAACGACACUUUUCUCUGACAGGUGAUGGAGCUUUGUGUUUUUCUUUCUUUCUGUGACCGCUUCCGAUAUACGUUUAAUGUUAAAAAAGUACCGAUUGUACUUUACUCCGCGUGACGAGAAAGUGAAAGCAUUAUAUAUAUAUAUAAAUAUACAUAUAUAAAGAGAAGCAAAAAUGUGCAAGUGGAUGAAUCGUACACAAGGUGUGUAGUCACUGCUGCGAACGUAGGAGUAAAAUAGAACUUUUAUAAAAAAAAAAAAAGAAAGCGAAUACGAGAGAACAAAGAAACAAGAAGUAGUAGUACAGUUUAAGCACCAAGAAAAGAGAGUUACGCCUAUUAUAGUAAACGACGUAUUCGCGAGAUGGACAAAGAUUUAAUGGUAACUAGCUCGGCCAAAUAAUGAACCCUAAUCAAAAAAGUACAAAAAAUCGUAAGAGGGAAAUAUAACGUUUCUUUUUAACGAGAACGCGUUAUUACACAUGGUAUCGCUUAACCUUUAGUCUUCGUUUUGAUUAAUUCUAACAUAGUUCUCUAGUCCUUUUUAGCACCAUCGUUUAUUCUUUUUGUUUUUCUUUUAUUUUUUUCUAAUUGCAACUCGUAUAUGUGAUUUCAAGGCUCGACAAUGUUCGAAAAUGGAAGAACGUUCAAAGUCAAUUCCAUAAUGUUUAACGAUACAACGCCGUGUCGUAAAGAAUAUAAGAAAAUCCAUGUUUUAUUAUCUUGUUGCAUCGUAUGUACUUUUUCCUCCAUUUUUUUUCUCUUCCUUUUUCUUUCUUUUUUACUUGUGUUAUUGCUGUUACAGAGAAUUGUAGUUUUAACAACGUAUAGUUGUUUCCUUUUUUUCUUUUCUGAAAAUUUUGUUCGAUACUUUAGCGUUCUCGGGCACGGCGGAAUAAUCUGUAAAAAAAAGAAAGAAAAUUGUAACGACGCUCUGUGGUGGUGUAUUUUCUUUUCCCCAUUGUUAAUGUAAGUGUUUCUCGCUCGUGUUGCCAGGAUUUUACUCGGCAGGUGAUAAAACAAAUGAAAAAAAAAAA